AUGGCAGGGCCUCUCAAACACCAUCCAGUCAACCAAACCGCCAACACGCCCAGCAUGCCAACCACCUUCCUUGACCUUCCAGGCGAGCUCCACAACAAGAUAUAUCGCUACGUGCUGCUGCAGGAGGAUUCCAUUCGCCCUUUUUGGCCCAGAUACGAUAGGGGGCUGGGUCUCAGUAUCCUCCGCACCAAUCAGAAAAUUUACAAAGAGGCCAAGGCAAUCUUCUACGCACAGAACUCCUUCGACUUCACCCUAUACAGCCCUUCCAUGGUCUCUCGAUUCUUUGACUUGAUCGGAGGCGAAGGUACGAGCUACCUUCAGCAUGUACGUAUGGACUUUCCUGCCUUUCGACGGCUUGAUCAGCUGCCCGAUGGAUCGGGCAGUCCGGAGAACAACAGCCUCCAGAUUCUCUCAAUCCUUCAGCGCAACUGCCCGCAGUUAAAGACGAUCGAAACAUCGCUUCACAGAGAUUACGAUCUGACGUCGUCCUUUAUGGUUGUUGUUGCGAUGUUGGACAAGACCGCUGCCCAAUUCCGAACGCUGCCAUCACUGCAAAAGGUUGUGGUUGAGGUGUUCGAAGAUGAGAUCGACGAGGCGCUGAGACAACAGAUGGAGCGAUACGGAUGGUCAGUCAAGGUAGUGAACAAUGAAGAAGUGACAGGGGAGUGGGAUGACGACAGGAGUUGCUGGGGGGAUUAUGAGGAUGAUGACCGCAGUUUGGACGAGGAUGUCGAUGAUUAUGAUAUUGACAACGACAGUGAUUUUUGGCGACGGGCAGCUGACUGA